AUGUCGAGACCACAUGUAUCUCAGGCCUCAACAAUCAUUCCGCCACCUGAAGCCAUCACUGAAUCACAAAACAAUCAAUACAACAAGUCUCGUACAAACACUGCUGCUACAAUGCAAUCUUACGGUCGACAAAGUAAUGGAACUCCUGUGCCUGCUGCCGCUGCUCCCCGUCAUCAUCACGAAAGGCCACAUAUAAAUAGUAAAACACUGUUGAAGAAGAUUGCCAUUGCUGCCGUAACGUUGUUUGUAGACUUGGGAUUGCCCAUCAUCCUAUACUUUAUACUCCGAGUGAAACUAGAUCCUGUCUAUGCUCUUUUAAUUGCUGGUAUUCCUCCUCUGCUGACUGUACUGGUCAAGUUGGCUAUAUUCAGGUCGUUUGAUAUGCUGGGCAUCAUGGCGUUCUUGGCCUUCACCAUAUCUGCAGUCAUAGCACUAGCAACAGGAGACGCCCGUAUUCUCCUCCUAGAAAAAUCAGUAGUAACAGCCGUCCUAGGCUCCGUAUUCCUCAUAACCCUCAUCCCAUUCCACUUUGACUACAAACGUAAAGGAGAAAAGAAACGAUUCUAUAUACGCCCGGCGAUACACUUUAUCGUCAUGGAAUUGAUACCCUUGGAAACCGCAGUCAUUUGUCCAGCUCGUGGAGCAAAACCUGCCAUUAUAUGGGACCGAUGGGAUAAACUAUAUACGACCAAUAAGAGAUAUGCUUUUGAUGUCCUUGUACUCACUAUAGUAUGGGGCAUUGUUCUCUUUAUUGAGUUUUUGGGGAGGCUGUUCAUGGUCUUGUCUCCCUUGGAUGUAGAUCAGGUGGUUGCCUAUGGUAACAUCUGGUUUGCAGUUGUGGCAGCCCUCGGUGCCCUAAUCACCGUCAUAUACUUAAUCCCAAUGUUGAAACGCUUCAAUCCCAGCUUGGACAAGUUGGAGGAUGACAUUGAAGAUGCUCGUGCCCAAGCAGGCUAUGUCGAAGAGGAGCUCGUUGAAAUCAAGUAA